UCUAUUGAAAAAUGUAGAGCUUUCACACACGUGUUUGUAGAUACGAAACAUAUUUUAUUCACAGAGAGAGAGAAGGAGACAUAUACUGAUAUGUAUAUAAACAGCACUGUCUUUAAGCAGCUGUGCCUGAACUAUAACUUGAUAUAACUUCUCAUCAUCCGACAGAAUUCAAGAUGAUGACUCUGGACUUUGAGCGAAAGCCACUGAACAAAGGCACUUGGAGUGAUGAAGAAGAUCAGAGGUUGAUAGCUUAUAUUAACAGAUAUGGAAUAUGGAAUUGGAAUGAGAUGCCAAAAGCUGCAGGCUUGUUAAGGUCAGGGAAGAGUUGCAGGCUUCGGUGGGUGAAUUACCUGAGGCCAGAUAUAAAGAGAGGAAACUUCAGCAGUGAAGAAGAUGAAAUCAUACUCAGUCUUCAUGCAAUGCUAGGAAAUAGAUGGUCUGCAAUUGCAGCUAAAUUUCCUGGAAGAACAGAUAAUGAUAUAAAAAAUCAUUGGCAUACUCAUUUAAAGAAACGGUCUGUUGCGCGAGAAACUAAACUACAAGUACUGCAGAAAGCUGAAGAAGAAUUCCAGCAGAAGAUUUAUCCUGAAGAUUGCGAUCUUUUAUUUUUCAAAUCUCCAAAUGCAUCAAGUUCAUCUGAUUCUAACAUCAGCCAAGUUUCGUCAAAGCUGUCCCCUUCGGGUUUCUCAUCAAUAAACUCUAAUUUUGAUGAUGAAGCAGACCGUAAUAACCAUACCUUAGGGAAAAAUAUUGCUUUAUAUGAACUGAAUGAAGACUUUCAAUGUAUACAAGGGCAAUCAUUUUCACUAGAAGACUUGGAUGUAAUGCAGGAUCAGAUGUGGCUAAAUGAAGAAUGCUUUGGGUGUCCAUAUGUUUCUCCAAGUGCCAGCAAUAAUUCAUCUGAAUAUUCUUCUUUGUGGUUUGAUAAUAACCAUCAGACCAUAGAAGAGAACAUGGAUUUAUCAGAAUUAUCAGAAGAUCCAUUCCUAUCUUCUGAAAUGGAAGUAUGUUACACAACGGAGGAUAAUGAAGCAACCGCAUACCAAAUGUGGCUUGAAGGGUCUGUUUAUUCAUACACUUCACAGAUUGUAGCUGACAAUGAUUUAUUUGAUUAUCCUUCAAUAUGGUCUGAUAGCGACCAGGUCAUAGGGGAAAAUAUCUUCUUGUCUAAAUUAUCUGAAGAAAGGCCAAAUUUGUAGGAGGAGCAAUUAUUUCCAAUGUAAAGUUUCCAAGUGACAAAUCAGGAUUAUGGAGUUCUUAUGAGGACUAUGGCAAUGAUAUUAUGGGUGAAAUCUUUUCAUUCAAGAAUAUAUAGUUAGGAUUAUAUACAUAUGUAUUUUUCCAUCAGAAGUUCAUGGCGUGUCAUUAUGUUGGCUUUGUGUGCUAAUAGUUGGGAAAAUGUAUUGCUAGCUGAAUAGGCACCUUGGGGUCUUUAGUUGUACUUUUCCCCUUUCCUUCGUCUCCCAUAUUAGAAAUAAUAGUUUUGCAGCCACAUGAAAAUAACUGAUCUUUUGUACUACAUGAAAUAAGAAAAAGCUGAAAUUAAAUAAAACAGAGCUACUUAUAUAUUAGUUUCAUUUUA